GGCCGCCCGUCGUAGCGCGUCUUUCGGCUCGAAUGCCGGGGCGGGAGUCCGAGCGGGAACGCUCCCGUUGCUUGUCCGCGGGCCGGAAUGACCCAGUCGGUGGUCGUACAGGUCGGGCAGUGCGGAAACCAGAUCGGCUGCUGCUUCUGGGACCUGGCGCUGAGGGAGCACGCGGCGGUCAACCAGAAAGGAAUUUAUGACGAUGCACUCAGCAGUUUCUUCAGGAACGUGGAUACCAGAGUGGGUGGUGAUGGCAGCAGUAUUUCCAAAGGAAGAAUAUCUUCGUUAAAAGCACGAGCAGUUUUGAUUGACAUGGAAGAGGGAGUAGUUAAUGAAAUUCUCCAAGGACCACUGAGAGAUGUGUUUGACAGCAAGCAACUCAUCACUGAUAUUUCUGGCUCAGGAAACAAUUGGGCUGUGGGUCACAAAGUUUUUGGAAGUCUUUACCGGGAACAGAUUCUAGAGAAGCUCCGGAAGUCAGCAGAGCAGUGUGACUGUUUGCAGUGUUUCUUCAUCAUACACUCCAUGGGAGGAGGAACAGGAUCUGGACUUGGCACGUUUCUGCUAAAGGUGCUCGAAGAUGAAUUCCCAGAAGUGUACAGAUUUGUGACAGCAGUUUAUCCUUCCAGCGAGGACGAUGUCAUCACUUCGCCUUACAACAGCAUGCUGGCCAUGAAGGAACUGAAUGAGCAUGCUGACUGUGUGCUGCCCAUUGACAACCAAUCUUUAUUUGACAUCAUUAGCAAAAUUGAUCUUGUAACUUCUGGCAAGUUGGGUGCAGCUGUGAAGCCUAAGAGUCUAGUUACCACAAAUGUGGGGACCGUUACAAAGUGCCCCAAGAAGCCUUUUGAUGCAAUGAACAACAUUGUGGCCAAUCUGCUCCUCAGCCUGACAAGCUCUGCAAGAUUUGAGGGAUCCCUUAAUAUGGACCUGAAUGAGAUCAGCAUGAACUUGGUUCCUUUCCCUCAACUUCAUUAUCUUGUGUCAAGCCUUACACCUCUGUAUACUCUGGCAGAUGUGAACAUUCCCCCUCGAAGAUUGGACCAGAUGUUUUCAGAUGCCUUUAGUAAAGACCACCAGCUCAUCCAAGCAGACCCCAGACAUAGUCUCUACCUCGCCUGUGCCCUCAUCGUUAGAGGAAAUGUGCAGAUUUCAGAUCUUCGCAGAAAUAUUGAAAGGUUGAAACCUGCUCUGCAUUUUGUCUCCUGGAAUCAAGAAGGCUGGAAGACUAGCCUGUGUUCAGUGCCCCCUGUGGGUCACUCCCAUUCAUUAUUAGCUUUAGCAAACAACACGUGUGUGAAGCCCACCUUCAUGGAACUGAGAGAAAGGUUCAUGAGGCUCUACAAGAAAAAGGCUCACCUCCAUCACUAUCUUCAAGUUGACGGGAUGGAGGAGUGUGCUUUUGCAGAAGCUGUGUCCUCUCUGUCGGCUCUCAUUCAGGAGUAUAAUGAACUUGAUGCCACAAAGAGCAUGCCUGUGCUGGAUGUGCCUCGGCUAAGCGUGGCCUUGUGAUGAAUCCUGAGCUCAGAAAACAUAUCUCCUGGUUCUCUGCAGUCUCUCUGGCACACACAAGAUGUGACCCAGAGCAUUCGCCACUGAAAGGACCCUUCCCUGGGGCAGUCGAACCGAACAGUGAUCAUCUUAGACUUG